UCCUCAACUGAGAAUGGCUUCUUCGACAGUGGCAACAUCAAUGGCUGCACUGUCGUCCCUCUCUUUUCGCUACCUCGCCAAACCAUUCCUCACGAACACUUCAUCUUCUCGCACGCUUCAUCGUCUCACUUGCUCCUUAUCUACUACCUCUUCUUCUUCUGCGUCUUCCUUAGAAUUCAACAUCUCAUUUGCGCCCCCUAAACCCAAGCCCAAGCUUGAACCCAAGCCCGCUGAGGCAGAACCAAUUCCUGACGACGAUGAUGCUCCCGGAGGCGCCGGGCAGCUCUUUAUUCCCUGGAUUGUUCGUGGCGAGGAUGGAAACCUCAAGCUCCAAGCCCAUCCUCCGGCGAGUCUUCUUCAGGCUGUGGCCAAUUCCGAAACUGGUACUAAGAAGAAGAAGCUAAAAGCUGAAAAGAGUACUGCGGAGCCGAAGCAUUCCAAAGCAGCCCGAAGGUUCUACAAUGAGAAUUUCAGAGACUCGGGAAUGCGGCUAAGUAAGGUUCUUGCCGCUGCCGGAGUUGCAUCCCGAAGGAAUAGUGAGGAGCUUAUAUUUGAAGGCAAGGUUACUGUUAAUGGCUCUGUGUGUAAUACUCCUCAGACUAGAGUUGAUCCUGCAAAGGAUGUUAUCUAUGUAAAUGGGAACCGUCUCCCUAAAAAGCAGCCCCCAAAGGUGUAUUUUGCCUUGAACAAGCCAAAAGGGUACAUAUGCUCAUCUGGGGAGAAGGAGUCUAAAUCUGUAAUAGGUCUAUUUGAUGAUUAUUUGAAGAAUUGGAGUAAAAGAAGUCCGGGAGUACCUAAACCUCGGCUCUUCACUGUAGGGCGCCUUGAUGUUGCUACUACUGGAUUAAUUAUUGUGACUAAUGAUGGUGAUUUUGCUCAGAGACUGUCACACCCAUCAUCUAAUCUAUCAAAGGAAUACAUUGCCACAAUUGAUGGUGCAGUACGUAAGCGGCAUCUAAUAGCCAUAAGCGAGGGAACAACCAUUGAGGGCCUUCAUUGUGUACCUGAUUUUGUGGAGUUGCUUCCACACCAGCCAGAUGCACCUAGAGCUCGUCUUCGCAUUGUGGUUCAUGACGGGAGGAAACAUGAAGUUCGUGAACUUGUGAAGAGUGCUGGGCUUGAGAUUCAUUCAUUAAAGCGAGUACGCAUUGGUGGUUUUAAACUACCAUCAGAUCUCGGGAUAGGGAAGCACAUCGAACUAAAACCCACAGAUCUGAAGGCAUUGGGGUGAAGGAGUUAAAACGGCUGCUCCUUAAUUGUUAUAGCUUAAAACAUUGCUUCAACAGGUCAAUUCAGGCAAAGGCAGCUCCGAAGCUAAUAUUUCAAGAGUUUGCUGAUUAUUUAAGUUGUUGAGGUAUGAAUCCUGGUGGCUUUCUGGAAGCUGUUUUGGGAAUGGGACUGAGCAAACUGCUUCUCUGAAGUGUUUGAUAUCUCAUACCGUGAUGCUGAUGAGACGUUCUUAGCCUCUCGAAACAGGGAUAUACCAAGAGGAUUUUGGAGAGGAUUUUAGACCAAGUGAUAUGGCCUGUUUGUAAAUUUGUAUUCAUGGUGUUGAUGUUAAUUUAUUGAAGAUACCACAAAUGAUGAGCCUAGUGGUUGUAUACAUAAUGUUGAACCUAGAACUAUAAUGUUUAAUGUUGGGAACUGUAGUGAUACAGUGCAAUUCAAGAGGGACACGAAAUCAUCAUCCAUGUAUUCCAAAUUAUUCUUGUACAUGUUGGCCCUUGAAUAAAUAAAAAAACAAUUUGAUCCUAUGCAA